AUGCCAUUAGACUAUUGCUGUGAACCAAGAAGGCCAUGUCCACCACUUGAUUGCAAUGGUCCCCUCUGUUCACCAUACAAUCGUGGUUAUCGUCAACCACCAAGACGAGAAAGCUUUAAACCUGUCAGCAAAUAUCAACGUCCAUUAAUUCCUAUGACGACUGACACAGUUUACAGAAAAUCAUUUGAAUGUGUUGACUCACAAAUUACUGCUUGUUGUCGACCACCACCUUACGUACCAAACGGUCAACUUCAAUUACCAUGUGGAGGUUUUGCAAAAGAUACAAUCACGAGGAUGUCAUUUCAACAAGCAUGUCAACCAGAACGUGUUCGACCAUUUAAUCCAAAAACAAGCUUCACUUUCGGAUGUGGAGAAUUACAAAAACUUACAACUCAAAAGCAUGACUUUGUGCCGAAAUUUCAAUGUAAACAACCUAUGUCAGUACCUAGAAAUAACAUUGGAAAUUGCUGUGGUCGAAUGGAGAAUGGAACUGUCCAGAAAUUAUCCUUCCAACAUCCUUGCGUCUUCACAAGAACUCAGUCAUGCAAGCCAAUCAUUCACUACAAACAACCAGAACUGCCAAUGGAAUGCGAGACAACACAAAAGCUUAGUUUUCAACCUGUUUGUCCUCCACCUAAAGAAGAUUAUCCUUGGGCUCGUAAAGCGCGUUAUUGUCCACCUGAAGUGAAAUUUGCUCGUGACACUGUUGCUAAACUUUCUUAUCAACCGCCUGGCUGUUUCAUUGAUGAAAACAAAAUUUGCUGUGAAAUGCCAUGCGAAGAAUAUCCAAAAGCUUCUUGUUGA